ACCGCCCCCUUCUCAGCUUAUUUACGAGGCACUGGCACACCACGCGCGCGCAUGACCAAUUGGACAUGGCGAGCGGCGGCUACUACGACGACCAGAGCACGGCCUACCGCUACAGCUACUCGCCGGCGCCGGCGCCGAGGGCGCCGUCCUUCCACCUCUGCGUGUUCCUGGCCACCGCCGCGCUGCUCGGCGCCACCUCGCUCUACUCGCGCUACGAGUCCGCAGUGGAGAGCCUGGUCGACCAGGUCCGGCUCGCCGUCGUGCUGUCCCCACUGCUGCUCCUGCUCGCGGUGCAGUACUGGGCGGCCACGGGGGCGCGGCGGGCGCGGGGCGGCGGCCUCUCCUCGCUGCUCGUGGCGCCGUUGGUGGGGGAUCAGUCCUGGUACGACGGCCGGGGCCAGCAGCGGGACGCCGGCGGGGCGUCAUCGCCGUGGGGCGUGGCGCUGGUGCUCGCGCUGGUGCUGCUGCUCGUCUCCUACCAGUCGUGCUUCCAGGACAUGUGGUUCCCGUUGAUCAGCCGCCGGUGAGCUGAGGUCAGAGCGUGCCAGACUGCACUUCUUGCAGCUAGCCUGAGACGAUCAAGAAGAGUUAUCAUCAACUAGCGCUUUUCCAGAAGAGAUAUCGACAGACCGACAAGGUGUAGCUAGGCAGAGCAAAUUUGCAUCACUGGCUGGAGAUUUGGAGCAUGGAAGAGCAAGAUUUUUCUAUCUGGAUAAAUUCUGGAGGCCGGAGCGUCAGUUAGCUCAGAUACUGAUCAUGAUGUGAUAAAUAGUAUUAGUUGUAAUUGUUGUAAUGUAGCAAGUUGAAUAGUAAAUAAAGCUCUUGCAUCUAUCUGUUUUUCUCGAAUACAAA